CGAAAGCUUAAACGUUAGCAGAGAAAAUGGCGACCUGAGAGACAAACUCAGGGAAAUAAAAGCUCGGUCGCAGUGGGCUUGCCUAUGAUUUGUUUACGCAGCUGGGGUUGAUAGGCAGGGCUGUUGGUGUGUCAGGCCCACUACUACCUGCAGUUCGCCACACCAGUGACCAUCAAAGGCGACAGGGGAACGUGGAAUAGGUCCGUGGGCCGGUGAUGCAUUGAGGCAACAAUGGAGACCACCGGCAGUGCCACAGAAGGCGACCCUCUGAAGAGGGGAGAGGAUGGGUCUGAGACAGGACCAGCACCGUCAGCAACAGAGCUGAAGAAGAAGAGUUGUAAAGAAGUCUUGGGUUUUGCCAAACUGACCCACUGGCGAACCGCAGUCUUCUUCUUCUCCUUGUUCCUGUGCCUCACCAUAGUGUUUGCCUUCUCCUUCAUCAUCCCCUGCCCUGUCAGACCACAGUAUCUUGUUACCUGGAACAGGACUUUCUCCCAAGCAGCAACCUACAACUUUUUAGCCAUUGAAGAAGCAAGUAAAGACAAGGUGAUGGAUGUCCUGUUUGUCCUCAAAGACUCAGAAGGCAGUCAGAACAAUACAUGUGCUAAUGCAGGUCUGCCUUCGCCGUGUGUGUUUUUGUUUGCAGUGGAUGGGACACAUGGAGAGACCCUGUGGGAGCGUCCGCUGGCUCCCGAGUUCCACUGGGCCCAGUGUGGUCUGGACGAAAAAUCAGGCAGAAAGUGGGACUGUCUGCUGUUCCAUUCUGACCAACUCACAGCCAUUGACAAAUACACUGGUGACAUCAGGUGGCAGCAGCCUCAACCUACUGGCCUGCGUAGUACUGUGCCUGUUCUUAGUGUCCCAGAUCUGGAUAAGGACAAGGUCGACGAUGUGGCUCUGGUGGCAUCAGACAGCACGCAGACUCAUCUGGUAUUCCUGUCAGGAUACACGGGUGUUCAGAUUGGUUCUACGGUGGUUCUCGACUCCACAGAGACAACCAAUCAUCUUCUUCAUUGCACUACAGAAGGUUCUCACUAUGUACUACUACACAAAGACACUGGCCUGUAUGGACUGGCACUGUGGAGGAUCGCUGCCAAGGCUAAAGCAGGGAUGGAGGCCACCCUCAAGAAAGAUAAGCAUUGGGAGAAGACUGCCAGUGCAACAUCUGGCCUUGUACCCAUCUACGAAUCUGACUCAGUGAAACAAGUGCUAAGAACAGGAGAAACAGAUGAGACACCCAACCUGCUGCUUGUGACUGGGAAGGGGGUGGUAUUAGUCGAUGGAAAAAAUCUUCAGCCACUGUGGCGAUUCAAUACCAGUUCAGUCCUCAGUGAGCCCUCCUUUGGGCACUUUGACAAAGACGGAGUACUUGAUGUUGUGGUCGAGGAGGAUAUUGGCAACUACUCAAAGAGGAUAAUAAUUCUGGAUGGGAAGUCUGGUGGUAUGCUGUGGGAAGUCAGCCUUUUGAACAGUCCCAACUCUCCCAGACCUGCAUCAAUACACACCACCAACUCCUUCUCGGUCUUUGUGUUUUGGGGCACGAUGGCCUUGGACGCCAACUCAUCUGUGCCAUUAGUGAGUGACCGACAUUCUUACUUGCUCCACCCUCUUUACUCUAAAGUCCUCCUUGAGUCGCCCAGUUCCCUGGACCACAUUGUAACAUUUAGAGCCACGCUGUUGGAGCGUGGACGCCAUGCUGCCUACAUCCUGCUGACAGGUCCUGAGAGGGAGGGAGCCGAAGGCAAUGUGGUCCUCAGCAAGCGAAAGCUGAAACAGGACGUCCCUGACAGCAAAGUGCUUCGUAUUGGCACUGGCGGAAGUCCAGAGACCAAUGAUGACAUCAAAGAGGCCUUCAAUCGUCUCCGCUUCAGCGAUUGGUGAAAGGACCAACUUCAAAAUGUAGAGUAUAUCCUCAGUGUUCAAACCGUUUUUGGCACAGCUGACUGUAUUGUGACUUAAAAACCAAAGUGUGUACACUCGCUAUGACUUUCCAACUGCUGACAACCAAAAAAAAAAAAAAAUAUCCUGUGUGUUUAGAGACUUGGGUUGACUUGACUUGACAGGGCUCUUCCAUUAAUCCCCACGGGACAAACUGGGCAUUAUCAGUUUUCAGCCUUGACUGCAUAUCAUGAGCUUGAUAUUCCCUAGUGGUCCAAGAGCUCCUGUUCCCUGACAAUCGCACAACGGUUCUGCUCUUCUCCUGCUGAUAAAUCCACCAAGAGGAUCUGCCUUGCUGUACUGUUCCUAGCACUUUCAUGAAUCAAUGCAGUGCUCUUUUUUUAAUUGCAGAGGCUGGAUUAUUAUUUAAAUCUAUGCAUCUUUAUGUCACACUGGCCUUUAAAAGUAGCAGACACACGCCAACCAUUACAGGUGGUGGUGCCUGUGUAUUUGACAUUAGAGUAGCCUGAAGGGAAUGGCUGUACCAUGAUAGAUAGGGCUUUUCUUUUGGUACCUUUCCUAAAACAUGUAUAGUAAAACAGACAGAUAUAUAAUGAAACUUGAAGUACAACAGAAACACCACCAACCUUAAGGUAUACAAUACGUGGUUACUUUUUUUUUCCCCCCAACGUAUUGUUUGUGAAAGUGGUCAGGUAGUUUUAUAGUAAGUGGUACUGUUGUCGAUAAUCAAGAUGUAUAUCAAUCCGAGGUGCUGUAACUAGUGAUUCUCUUUAAUUAGAGCUGCAAUGAAUAGUCAAAAGAAAAUUAAUCGCCGACUAUUUUGAUAACGGAUUAAUCGUUUCAGUCAUUUUUCAAGCAAAAGUGUCAAACAUUUGUUGGUUCUAGCUUCUUAAAUGUGAGACUUUGCUACUUUUUAUUGUUAUUUAUGAUAGUAAAUGCAGAGUUGUUGGGUUUUGGACUGUUGGUUGGACAAAGGAAGCAAUUUAAAGAGGUCACUUUGGGUUCUGGGAAAUUGUGAUGAGCAUUUUUCACGAUUUCAUGACAUUUUAUAGACUAAACGAUUAGUCGUGAAAAUAAUCGGCAGAUUAAUGUAUAAUAAUACAAUCAUUAGCUGCAGCCCAAUCUUUAAUGCACACUGACUAAACUUUUGAGGCACUCAAUGCUAAGUCUCAAAGGCUCUCCAUAGUAUUGAGUUACUUCACUUAUUUAUAUUAGUAAAUAAGUGAAAAUGAGGUUCUUGUUCUUGCUGUAUAUUUACAUAUUGAACCUGUGGGGCGGGCCUUUGUCAGAGCUGGUUUUUAUUUUCUGACUUAAUAUGUUUGUUUUGAGCAAUAUUAAACACUUUUAAAAUAAC